UUAGUCAAAUAAUUAUUGAAAAAAUUAUUUUUUUCUAAGCUGCCAAAUAAUUUAGUUUAUGGAAACUAUAAGAAUCUAUUAGUGUAGGUUAUCAACUAUUGUACAUCUUUUAAAAUGAUUUCUUGGAGAUGUUGACUGCCCUGAUUGGUUACUUGCUGAAAUUUACAAUCUGUCUCAAAUGGUAUAUAAAUAAUUAUUUAUCUAUACAUAUUUAUCAUAUGUAUUACUCAUUUCAAACAAAGAAUAUCAACUUUUUUAUAGUCAGCCUCAAAAAUGAAAAUCAUAAGUAAUGUUGUAAUUAAAUCAAUUACAGAGGAAGAAAUUGUUGGUGAGGAGCAGAUAAAAAAACUUGUUCAUGAUAUCAGAUUAGAAGUUGGAGAGAUAAAAGCAGUUAUUGCUGCUUUGGAUAUGAUAUUUACUUCAUCAGCAAGAAAUAGUGUGUCUUCUACAGAUCUUAGUAGUGAAUUACAGCAAUUAGGAUUACCAAGAGAACAUAGUACAGUCAUUUCGAGGCUGCACACUGAAAAUUGUGCUCAACUUGCUGCAGUAUUAACAAUGCAGUCUUUAAGAUUAAGUAGAUUGUCAUCAAUAGAAGCUAUACCUUCUGAACCUACAACUCCAUUUGCAAAAGUUGCAUUAAAGAUAAAAACUUUAGGAUACAAGGAGAAAGAAACAAUAAUUAAUAUACCAAAAGAUAAAUUGAGUGAAUUACUUACAGAAUUGAAAAAUGUACGAACACUAAUGGAGGAAGUACUACAAUAAUUUUAUAGUACUUUAAUAAAAUAAUAAUUAAUCUAAGAUUGAAAUUAUUGUGUUU